UAAGAAAUUAAUCCGAACGAUUCGAUACAAGUAUAAUCGUUGAGAACCGCACGUUGUUAUUAUUUUAUAUUUUUGUUCAAGAUUUAUAUUAAAUGGUAGAGCUAAAGAAAGCUGAAGCCAAUGUGGAGGACAAUGGCUGGGAGCCCGGCGACAGCAAGGAGUGGGCCAAACCCAUCAAGCCCUUGGAGGAGAAGUGGAAACUGGUGCCGGCAUUUCUGCAAGUCAAAGGUUUGGUCAAACAACACAUUGACUCCUUCAAUCACUUCAUCAAUGUGGACAUCAAGAAGAUUGUGAAGGCAAACGAGAUUGUGACGAGCGGUGCUGAUCCGCUGUUCUAUCUCAAGUAUCUGGAUGUGCGUGUGGGCAAGCCCGAUAUUGAUGAUGGCUUUAACAUAACCAAAGCGACAACGCCACACGAGUGCCGACUAAGAGAUACCACGUAUUCGGCGCCCAUCAGCGUGGACAUUGAGUACACACGUGGAACGCAGCGCAUUAAACGCAACAAUUUAUUAAUUGGCAGAAUGCCCCUAAUGUUGAGGUGCUCCAAUUGUGUGUUAACUGGCAAAUCGGAAUUCGAGUUGUCCAAACUGAAUGAAUGUCCCCUCGAUCCGGGCGGUUAUUUUGUGGUGCGCGGCCAGGAGAAGGUCAUACUCAUCCAGGAGCAGCUGUCGUGGAAUAAGAUGCUCACCGAGGACUUUAAUGGCGUUGUCCAGUGUCAGGUGACUUCGUCCACGCACGAGAAAAAGUCACGUACUCUGGUGCUGAGCAAACAUGGCAAAUAUUAUCUGAAGCACAACUCCAUGACGGACGACAUUCCCAUUGUGGUCAUCUUCAAGGCUCUGGGCGUGGUAUCCGAUCAGGAGAUAAUGGCUCACAUUGGUCUGGAUGCCCGUUCUCAGAACCGUUUUGGCGCCUCACUCUUGGAGGCCUUUAAUCUUAAGGUGUUCACACAACAACGUGCUCUCGACUAUAUGGGCUCCAAGUUGGUGGUGAAACGGUUUCAGAGUGCCACCACCAAGACGCCUUCGGAGGAGGCACGAGAGCUGCUCCUGACCACAAUUUUGGCCCACGUGCCUGUGGAUAAUUUCAACUUUCAAAUGAAGGCGAUUUAUGUGUCGUUGAUGGUGCGUCGUGUCAUGGCUGCUGAAUUGGACAAAACACUGUUUGAUGAUCGCGAUUAUUAUGGCAACAAGCGAUUGGAGCUGGCUGGUUCAUUGAUCUCUCUGAUGUUCGAGGAUCUGUUCAAGCGCAUGAACUGGGAGCUCAAGAUGAUUGCGGACAAGAAUAUACCCAAGGUGAAGGCGGCACAAUUCGAUGUGGUCAAACAUAUGAGAGCGGCACAGAUUACAGUAGGUCUGGAAUCUGCCAUAAGUUCUGGAAAUUGGACCAUUAAACGCUUUAAAAUGGAACGUGCUGGAGUGACUCAAGUGCUGUCUCGUCUCAGUUAUAUCUCGGCGCUGGGCAUGAUGACGCGGGUGAAUUCACAGUUUGAGAAGACACGCAAAGUGUCCGGACCACGUUCCUUGCAACCGAGUCAAUGGGGUAUGCUGUGUCCCUCGGAUACGCCCGAGGGUGAAGCCUGUGGAUUGGUCAAGAAUCUGGCGCUAAUGACACACAUUACCACCGAGGUGGAUGAACGUCCGGUGAUGACAUUGGCCUACAAUGCUGGUGUCGAGGAUAUACGUGAAGUCAGCGGCAAUCCCAUUAAUAAUCCCAAUGUAUUUCUCGUAUUCAUCAAUGGCAAUGUGCUUGGAUUGACCAUUAAUCAACGGCAUCUGGUGCGGAACUUGCGAUAUAUGAGGCGAAAGGGACGCAUGGGCAGUUUUGUUUCCAUACAUACCUCGUACACACAACGUUGCAUAUUCAUACACACAGAUGGCGGCAGAUUGUGUCGUCCAUAUAUUAUAGUGGAUAAAUCGCGUCCUUUGGUGCAGCAACAUCAUUUGGAUGAACUGCAGCGUGGCAUACGUAAAUUUGAUGAUUUUCUGCAUGACGGAUUGAUGGAGUAUCUGGAUGUGAAUGAGGAGAAUGAUUCUUUUAUUGCAUGGAAUGAGGAGCAUAUUGAACCGCACACAACACAUCUCGAAAUUGAACCCUUCACAUUGCUGGGCGUCUGUGCCGGACUCGUUCCGUAUCCGCACCACAAUCAGAGUCCACGUAAUACCUAUCAAUGUGCCAUGGGUAAACAGGCAAUGGGCAUGAUUGGCUAUAAUCAAAAGAAUCGCAUCGAUUCUUUAAUGUAUAAUCUGGUUUAUCCCCAGGCACCGAUGGUCAAGUCCAGGACCAUUGAGUUGACCAACUUUGAUAAGCUGCCAGCGGGUCAAAAUGCCACAGUGGCUGUUAUGAGUUAUUCUGGCUAUGAUAUCGAGGAUGCUCUCAUUCUAAAUAAAGCCUCUAUUGAUCGGGGCUAUGGACGUUGUUUGGUCUACAAGAAUUCCAAGUGCACGGUGAAGCGUUAUGCGAAUCAGACAUUCGACAGGAUCAUGGGACCUGUGAAGGAUGCCCUCACGAAUAAGGUGAUCUUUAAGCAUGAUGUCCUGGACACUGAUGGCAUUGUCGCACCUGGCGAACAGGUGCAAAACAAACAGAUCAUGAUCAACAAGGAAAUGCCCGCAGUUACAUCCAUUAAUCCACUCGAAGGUCAGGCUCAGGUGCCCUACACUGCAGUGCCCAUAAGCUACAAGGGACCGGAGCCUAGUUACAUUGAACGUGUUAUGGUUUCGGCCAAUUCCGAGGAAGACUUUCUCAUCAAGAUCCUGUUGCGACAGACGCGAAUUCCGGAGAUUGGGGACAAGUUCAGUUCGCGGCAUGGACAAAAAGGCGUCACGGGUCUCAUCGUAGAGCAGGAAGAUAUGCCCUUCAAUGACUAUGGAAUAUGUCCGGAUAUGAUCAUGAAUCCACAUGGUUUUCCGUCCCGUAUGACAGUGGGCAAGGUGCUGGAGCUGCUGGGCGGCAAGGCUGGCGUCUUGGAGGGUAAAUUCCAUUAUGGCACUGCUUUUGGCGGAUCCAAGGCGGCCGAUAUACAGGCGGAACUAGUGCGUCAUGGUUUCAAUUACAUGGGCAAGGACUUUUUCUACUCUGGGAUAACGGGAGGGCCGUUGGAGGCGUACAUUUACUCUGGCCCCGUGUACUAUCAAAAACUGAAGCACAUGGUGCAGGACAAGAUGCAUGCCCGAGCACGUGGUCCAAAGGCUGUGCUCACCCGUCAACCCACCCAAGGCCGGAGUCGGGAGGGAGGAUUACGUCUAGGUGAAAUGGAACGCGAUUGUCUGAUAUCCUACGGAGCGAGCAUGCUGAUAAUGGAACGCCUCAUGAUAUCCUCCGAUGCCUUCGAGGUGGACGUCUGUCGCACCUGUGGCAGAUUGGCCUACUGCUCCUGGUGCCACUUUUGUCAGUCGUCGGCUCAUGUCUCCAAGAUAUCCAUGCCGUAUGCCUGCAAACUACUCUUCCAGGAGCUGACCAGCAUGAAUGUGGUGCCAAAACUCAUACUGGAGAACUAUUAAAUAAACUAAUAUAAACUAUGUAUUAAUUAUAUUAUAGAGACAAAAGGAAUAAGUAGUUUGUUUAUGUUUGAACCAUUUGAGCUCAUUAAACUUUUUAAUUUAAUACGUUUUUUU